UAUGAGGUAGCCGGGGCUGGGUCGGCGAUUGUCCCUUCCCGCGCCCCGUCCCGAGUCGGCGACUGCCCUUGUCAACCGGAGCCUGAGAAAUCAUGGCAACUGGCUCGGGCUGGGAGCGAGUGGCAGCUGCGGCAGCGGCGGCAGUUUGGUCGCGGGCCGGGGCGGCGGAGCGGCGGCGGCGGCGGCGGCAGCAGCACUGGCGCUGGCACCGGCCCUGAGCACCAUGCUGCGAGGCAGACCCGAGAGAGAGCUGGCGGCCUGGUGGGAGGCGGAGGCCGUGGCCGCGGCCAAAGCGCAUGCGGCGAAGGAACAGGUCCGCUUGGACCCGGGCGCAGCCGGGGAGCCGGAGCGCAAGGCGGGGGAGGAGCAGCCCAAGGAACCGACCCCGGCGCAGCCCCGCGCGGCCGAGGAGGGCGACGCCCGCGCCCCACCGCGGCCGCCGUCCACGCUGCCCAUGUACCAGGCGAAGCCGGUGUCGGCGCAGGGCCUCUACCCGCACGGGAAGUCCAGGAGCAAGAACCGUAGCUGCAAGCGGAGCUCGGACCGGUCCGAGGAGUACUGCUCUCCGCGGCCUGUCACCGUGGACAGCUCCAAGGCCAGGACCUCCCUGGACGCCCUGAAGAUAAGCAUUCGCCAGCUCAAGUGGAAGGAGUUCCCAUUUGGCCGACGCUUGCCUUGUGACAUCUACUGGCAUGGAGUUUCAUUUCACGACAGUGACAUAUUCUCCGGUCUAGUGAACAAGUUUCCAGGCAUGACGGAGAUGGUGCGUAAAAUUACUCUGAGCAGAGCAGUAAGAAUCAUGCAGAAUCUCUUUCCUGAGGAGUACAACUUCUACCCUCGCUCAUGGAUUCUGCCUGACGAGUUCCAGCUCUUUGUGGCUCAGGUUCGAAUGGUGAAAGAUGGGGACCCCUCCUGGAAGCCCACUUUUAUUGUGAAACCUGAUAGUGGUUGUCAGGGUGACGGAAUCUACCUCAUUAAAGACCCCAGUGACAUCCGCCUGGCAGGGACCCUCCAGAGCAGGCCGGCGGUGGUCCAGGAGUACGUCUGCAAACCUCUCCUUAUCGACAAGCUCAAGUUUGAUAUCCGUCUGUAUGUCCUACUGAAGUCCUUAGAGCCCUUAGAGAUUUAUAUAGCCAAAGACGGACUCUCGCGGUUUUGCACAGAGCCCUACCAGGAGCCUCACCCCAGAAACCUGCACCACAUCUUUAUGCAUUUGACCAACUAUUCAUUGAACAUCCAUAGCGGUAAUUUUGUCCAUUCGGACAGUACCAGCACAGGCAGCAAAAGGACCUUCUCUAGCAUUCUUUGUAGGUUGUCUUCCAAGGGUGUUGACAUCAAGAAGGUCUGGUCUGAUAUCAUCUCCUUGGUGAUUAAGACUGUCAUUGCCCUGACUCCAGAGCUCAGAGUGUUCUACCAGUCGGAUAUCCCCGCAGGGAGGCCGGGGCCCACGUGCUUCCAGAUUUUAGGCUUUGACAUUCUUCUCAUGAAAAAUCUGAAGCCUAUACUACUUGAAGUAAAUGCAAACCCCAGCAUGAGAAUCGAACACGAGCAAGAACUCUCUCCAGGGGUGUUUGAGAAUGUCCCCAGCCUUGUCGAUGAAGAAGUGAAAGUGGCCGUCAUCAGAGACACACUGCGUCUCAUGGACCCAUUUAAGAAGAAAAGAGAGAGCCAGUCUCAGCAGCUUGGGAAGCCGUUAGCCUCAAAGGAAGAGCCUUCUGAGAGCGAUCUGGCCAGCGCCUCGGCAGGCAGCGCCCAUCCCGAAGCCCACCUGCCCUCCAUCUGCCUCAAGCAGGUGUUCCCCAAGUAUGCAAAGCAGUUCAACUACCUGCGCCUGGUGGACAGGAUGGCAAACCUGUUUAUCCGGUUCCUGGGUAUCAAGGGGACAAUGAAGUUGGGACCAACAGGCUUUCGUACCUUCAUAAGGAACUGCAAGCUCAGUAGCAGCAGCUUGUCCAUGGCCGCCGUGGACAUCCUCUACAUUGACAUCACGAGGAGAUGGAACUCCAUGACCGUGGACCAGCGGGAUUCAGGGAUGUGUCUGCAGGCCUUCGUGGAGGCUUUCUUUUACCUGGCCCAGAGGAAGUUCAAGAUGCUGCCCCUGCACGAGCAGGUAGCCUCGCUGAUUGACCUGUGUGAAUACCACCUGUCCCUGCUGGACGAGAAGCGCCUGGUGUGUGGCCGGAGCGCCACAUCGGGGGGCCGACCCCCUCACAGUGGCACCUUGCAGGAGGCCACCCCCGCAGCCCCGCUGGCUGAGGGCCAUCCCCCGCCCUGCACAAACAGUGCCCUCAAGCUCUCCCAUUCCAGACACGCUCUGUCCUGAGGGCCGCUCUGUCCUCCCAGAAGAAGAUUGAGCCCUUCCGAGCCCAAGAGACCCCCAGGCUUCCUGCCGGGGGAGAGAUGGCAGGAUGCUGAGAAUUCCCACCUGAGAUUCCCCCUAAUCGUCUCCAUGUUCUGCACUUCCAGAGGCUGCCUGAUUCUCAACCGCCCUCCUCCCAGCACCUCUUGGUGGCCCACCUGCUUGCGAGCCAUCAGCGGACAUAUGAUACCCAAAACGUGACAGAUGGCCUCUUCUAUUCUGGGCUCAUGGGAAGCCACCGCCGGGGAUAAAACUGCUGUGUUUGGGGAAGGGGGCACCAACAACCCCAAGACGGAGAGCUGCGGAGAAGAAAGAACUUGAGGCAGCCGGGACUGGGGUCUGCUGAGGUCCCGAAGAGAAUACGGUUAGAGCCCAGGGACAUCAUGUGGACUUCCUACCACCCAUUCUGUGAAAAUGAAGUGGAAAUACCCAGCAGGCCUGCGGGACUCACCCACCGCAAUCAUGUGCUACGUGGGUGCGGUUAACAGACCGAUCUCGUUGAUUUCAUGAGCUUGCCUGUUGCUGCAGUGUCCCAUGUGUUAUUCAUUAAGAUAUGAUUAACUGAGAGGUAACUGAGGAAGGCUGCUGAAGUCUCAGAGCUGGCGGGAGCCUCUGAGAUCAUUUUGUUUGACCUUGACCCCAAAGCAGGCGUCCCCCCAGUCACGUGGCCUCUGAUUGAAGCUCUCCAUGGGUGGGGUGAUCAUCAAGUGUGCCCAGAGUGCGCAGGGUGCCCUGGAGGGGAGGAGAGGGCUUCAGAGGGAAGGAAAGUAAGACCUGCGUAAGGGCCAGAGCGAGCGGGAGCUUGACGUCAGAAGCCGGGCAAGGGGGAGCCGUGCCCUCCCAUCCAUGAGACCCUUUCCCUGUCUGCAUCCGUGUCCCCAGGCGGCCCCCGCUCAGAGGGGAAGCUUCAGAGGCAGCCAAAGGUAGCAUUUUGGAAAAUGGCCCCAGGCAAGUCAGGGUCCAGGGCCUGCUGACCACAGGCAGACAAGAGACUGCCCUCGAACGGCCAAGCUAUCCAGAGUGUUGUUGGAUUUCGGGUUAAUGUGGCCCUUUCCAGAGGGUCCUCGUUAUAGGACCCUGGGGGCCCUGGAUUUAGAUGACCAUCAGGCUCUGAGGGAGGAGGAUGAAGGGUCUUUGAAGGCAUUGAUUAGCACGGUGCCUGGCACACAGUAGGGCUCAGAAAAUGCUCACAAAUGUAGGGCCAGGGAGAAAGUCAUUGGUGGCAGAGGUGUGUCCUAGACCAGCACAGACAUCUUCCUUCUCCCGCUUUUCUCUUAUUUAUUUAUUUUGUGUGUGUGUGGUACACGAGCCUCUCACUGUCGUGGCCUCUCCCGUUGCGGAGCACAGGCUCCGGACGCGCAGGC